ACGUCAAUCAAAACUGAAUUCGUAACUGAGAUUCGUCAAUAAAUACAGCGAAAAAAAUUAAUAUUUUUAUUAAAUAAAUACGCGAGCAUUUUUAUCAUCUAUAAUGGGUUCAAGAAACCUGCUAUCUAAUCCCGCCUUCAAAGAAUACAAAAACAUGGAAUUGGACGAAGAAUGGAACAAUUUUACAAAGAGAGUUGGUGAUGUUUCCAAAAUAGUGAAUGAUUUGGCCAGCGGAGACAAAGAUAAGGCAGAUGCGGCUAAAGCAUUAGCUGAUAAGUACCUUGGUGGAAAAGUUAUUGUUGAUGAUAAUAUCGAAAUGAAAGUAAAGUCUGACAGAACCGUAAUAAACCAAAAAGCUUUCAGCACCAUGGGGAAAGAGGACUCGGGUGAGAUGAACAAAGAUGCCUGGAUGGCCGAGGUGAGUAAGGACGUCGAGAAACGUGCUCUGGACCGAAAGAUCCGUCGAGAAAAAGCCGACACCCACAAUACACAGGCUAUAAAAGCCUUCCGUCGAGGAGAAUACGACAGGGCCCUAUCCUGCUACAAUAAAGCUAUAGAACAAAUCAAAGACAACCCAAUGUUCUACUGUGACCGGGCGCUCACGAACAUCAAGCUGGGAAAAUUCGAUAAGGUGUUUGGAGACUGUGACAUGGCUUUGCGUUUAAACGAGAACAGUUUUAAAGCGCGUCUUUACAAGGCGAAAGCGUACAAAGAACUGGAGGAAUUACAGAAAUUCGAGGAAUGUCGGAAAGAGCUAGAAGACAUGUUUCCACAGCAUGCGGACCUUGUUGAUUACUUCUUGGGAAAGAAAGAGGACGAGGAGGAAGAAGAAGAAGAGGAGAAUCUAAAUUUUUAAUUUUAGAAGGUUAUACCACAGAGAAUUCAGCGAUACAAUCAGUAACAGUAACGAAAAGAAAUACAGUAAUGCCUGUUUUCACUAAUGAAUUCUAAGCUUUAAGUGCCACGUAACACCAUAGGUGUCCCUUUAGUAAAAAUUAGUUUUCAGCCCUGUUUAAGUGUGAUCUAACAACUUAGGUGAGCCCUUAAAUUUGCCUAUAAACUCUGUUUUAAACAUUUGUCAUUUAUAAAGAUAAAGCUCUUUGCAAAACGUCGCUUAAUUAGGAAGUCCACAAACAGAAAAUCAGAACUAGCGUGGUGAAAAUGAAGUUAGGUUAGUAUCUGAUGUUAGAAAAGUUAAUACUUAGUUAGGGGUGAAUGAAGGAGUCGUUGGUGAAAACGGGCAUCAGACACAUUGUAUUUACAUGAAAUGCGUCUAUCUAUUACUAUUUUUCUCUAAUUGAUAUUUUAAAAAUUUUGAGGAAGUAUAAUAUAAAGAUGUUGAAACAGGAUAACUAAUUUACUAAUAUGGAAAAAUUGUCUUUGUAUUUCAUCUACGGAAAUUCCAGUUUUGAAGAGAAUUAAAUGAAUAUUAUACACUUAUAUGAUGUACGGUUAUAGUGUUGUAACUUGUAACUUUUAUCU